UUGCUUUUAAGAUCUCUAUAGAUUAGACUCUUAAAUUUUGAUCUUUCUUUAUUUCUUGAUAGACAUUUUUUGAAGACAAACAGAGAGGGAAGUUUUUGUUACCAGUUAGCAUAGUAUUCUUAGCAGCUAUUGGCUUUGUGCACUGAGGAUUUCAAUAAUUCAUACUAGAUAUUUUCAGCUUUAAGUAAAUUCAUUCUACAAUCAAGAGAUAGUUCCUGUAAGACUCUUCUCUGAACGACGACUGCCACAGCAUUUUAUCUAAAGACACAGAGUUUGACGAUGACGUCCAUGAAGAUGUGGUAUCUCUUGCUCCUCGCUGCCGUCCUGCCCAUUGUUCCCACAGUGGCUGAAGUGGUGAAGUCGGUGUCCGACUGUGAGCAGUUUCUCCUCAACAAAACUCCACCAGAUGUCACGAGCAUCUUGGAGGGCAAGAAAAUGGACGAGAACCGAUACAAAUUCAUAUGUCAGACUUAUGACAAUAAGAGAAGGUUUCUGACGCUCUACGACACCAAGAACAAGAUUCCUGUGUAUUCUGCCUACAAGUACACAGGGGGAACAGAGAAGGGACCAUUCAAAAGACCCAAAUGGAAAAUAGAGCCACAGCUUGAGGGAAAAACGAAUGAGAAGAUGAUGUGUAAUGCAGAUGACAACACAAUUUACGUCAAGCAAGCUGGGAUCAAAGAUUACGAAACCAUAGAAGGGUUUAACAAGGGCCAUUUAAUUCCAUACUCUUAUGGAUCCACCACAUCUGACAAAAAAUCCACCUGUACGCUAACCAACAUUGUUCCACAAGCAAUUACAUUCAACGGGGGAAGCUGGAGCACAAUGGAGAUGUGCGUCAAAUGUGUUAUGGACAAAUACUGCAAAAUCAACAACGGUGGUACUAAAGCCUAUGUGGUUACUGGAGCAAUACCCAACGACAGAAACAAACAACUCAAUAAAAAGAUUAAUAUUCCUGACAAGCUCUGGUCAGCAUUCUGCUGCUACAGCCCCGAAGAGAAAAAAUGGAUAGCAAGCGCACACUGGGGUGAGAAUGUUCCAGAAAAUGAAUCUGAAGAGAAAAAUGAAAAAUAUGUAAAGAUUGAGACUCUGGAAGAACUCCUCAAUAAACUGAAGGUAGAUGUGUUUCCUGGAAAAGAGUGUCCUCGCCAUACAAAGAUUAGUUUUACCCAAAAUCUAACAACUGCUCAUGCCCCCCCUCUACUUAAACCACUUCUGCCUGUCCCAUGUAACAUCUGCCCCUUUCACCACAACAUCUGGUCAACUAUAUCGAGUCCUGCCUAGUCUACAGCUGCCUCUCCCUUUACCACAUCUGUAGUCAGAUGUGUCUUUGAGGUUCAAUCUGUACAACAAAAAUAUUCAACUCUGGUGAAAAAUAGGGACAUUCAAACCAAACCUUUAAUCUUUGUUUAUUCAACUAUGUUCAAAAUUGAAUGAAAAUGUAUAAUCAGCAGCUAACAUGAACGCAUAUAUAAAAAUAAUUAAUCGAGAUAUUGCAUCAUCUUAACUACAAAAAUUAUUCAAUGCAGAAUUAACAACCUGAAAAUGUUUCGCAAUGUGUCACAAAUGUUUGAAUCUUCAUGCUUCUAAACAUGUUGGUCUUCAGAUAAUUGAUGAACCAUACAGAGAAUGCCAAACUGUGCAAUGUAAUAUAUGUUAUGGCAAUUUGUAUCUCAUAGCAUUAUUGUUUGUUUCUCAUACUGUUUGAUGUCAUUCAUGUAUCAAAAUGUACUUCACCGAGGUCACCGUCAGUUCAGUGUUCUCCACUACGGCAUCCUCGGUACUUUCCUACUUCUCUAUUCUCAUUCACACUGAUGACCCUGGGCCCAAUCCGGCCGGACAGGUACCAGACAAAGUUCCUGUUUGCAACUCGUUGUUUUAGUAAUUGCCACUCGUAGUGCUUUGUCCCCUCACAGCAAAAUUUCUCAUUUCUCAUUUAUUUAUUUAAGGACAGUGCACAUUAAUCAACAUUUCUGUAAAUGUGCCAGUGUUAGCCAGCAGGCUAAUUUUCAACUGUAGUCCGACAGAUGCUAAAAACAACCACACUCCACUGCUCCGUAAAACACAUGCACUCUUCUCCUUCCUUUAUACUCUCCUGCAGACUGCUCUGUACUCUGUAUGACUUGUACCUCUGAGGCCUCAUAAAUACGGCAAAGACAACUCUGUGUUCGGGGCCAACUUUAAUUUACAUCUCGGUUUAUUUCCAUUACAUAUCCAACUGACUAGAAUCCAUCUAUCCUUUAUUUAUCUCUUGUGAACAUAUUUUAAGAUUCUGUCAUGAGCCCUUUAUUUACUGAGGCCCCAGGGCAACAUCUAGCGUCCUUUUCUAAUGUAAAGCAGUAAACUAAGUGAAGAUUGGAAUAAACAUUAAAACAAGAUAUAUUGCUUAUAUCAGCAAACUUAAAACUGCCUUGGCCGAGGUGUUUUGGUUAU